AUGCAUUACAACUUGUCGCAUAAAACCGAUACCAGCUUCGAAGGAAUUGCUCUUGGUGAGCUGAGUGAAAUUGAGGCAUAUGGUGCGACAAAAGUUGUGGCUGCAGACAAUGUUGAAUUUCAGAAGGGUGAUUUGGUUGUGGGAGUUGUCACUUGGGCAGAGUACAGUAAGAUAAGAAGAAACAGGAUGAUCAGGAAGCUUGAUCCAUUGGGGAUACAGUGGACUAAGAGCCUAUGCCGGGUUCUUCGAGACAUGCAAGCCAAAUUGAGGCGAGAAGGUGUUUGUACUGACGGCAUCGCAGUUGGGAACUUGGUACAACUGCUCAAGGAUAAACUAGGUUUUGAGGCGGCCUUCAUCUACAGGGGGAAACUAAUUUGA